GGAGACUUCAAAGUGAAUUUGCAGGAUGCCGCAGUUUGGCGCUAUAGCAUCAGUGAUAUUAGCGAUUGGAGGUGCGGCUCUCUUCUCCGCCGUUCACAAAAUCGAGGAAGGACACACGGGAGUUUACUAUAGAGGUGGAGCCCUUCUGACCGCCACCAGUAAUCCAGGCUUCCACCUGAUGCUUCCGUUUAUAACUACUUUCAAAUCUGUCCAGACAACCCUUCAGACUGAUGAAGUUAAGAAUGUACCUUGUGGAACCAGUGGUGGUGUAAUGAUCUACUUUGACAGAAUAGAGGUGGUGAAUUACCUUAUACCUUCUGCAGUGUAUGACAUCGUGAGAAACUUCACUGCGGACUAUGACAAAGCGCUGAUAUUCAACAAAGUCCACCACGAGUUGAAUCAGUUUUGCAGCGUUCACACACUGCAGGAGGUCUACAUUGGCUUGUUUGAUCAGAUCGAUGAGAAUCUUAAACUGACUCUACAAGAGGAUCUGACCAAUAUGGCUCCUGGACUCAUCAUACAGGCUGUCCGUGUCACAAAGCCAAACAUCCCAGAGAGUAUUCGCAGGAAUUACGAGCUGAUGGAGAGUGAGAAGACAAAGUUGCUGAUUGCUGCCCAGACUCAGAAGGUGGUCGAGAAAGAGGCGGAGACGGAACGAAAGAGAGCCGUGAUUGAAGCAGAGAAAGUUGCGCAAGUUGCUGAAAUCAAGUUUGGCCAGAAGGUGAUGGAGAAAGAAACCGAAAAAAAGAUAUCAGAAAUUGAAGAUGGAGCCUUUCUGGCCAGACAGAAGGCCAAAGCAGAUGCUGAAUUUUACACCGCCCAGAGAGCAGCAGAGGCCAAUAAACUGAAGCUGACCCCCGAAUACUUACAACUGAUGAAGUUUAAAGCCAUUGCUGCUAACAGCAAGAUUUACUUUGGCAGCGAGAUUCCACACAUGUUCGUGGACUCUGGUCCUGUAGGAGCCUCUACAGCAGCUUCCCGGGCAAUGGACGCUCUCUCUGAAGCAAUCCUAGACAAGGAAUGAUGAAGGGAAAGACAAAGAGACAGUGUAGGGGGAUUCAGAAACCACUGAUGGAAGUUUAACGGGUAACAGAAGUCACCUGUUAUGACAUUAUGCAGGUAGCACUGGUAAAACCCAAGAGUUAUGAGGUGUGACCACCAAGGAAAGCUUUGUCAGGCAUAACGUUUCUUUUUCUCUUUUUUUUUUUUUUGUACUUUUGAACACGUUC